AUGAAGACACGUAUAGAACAACUCUUGGUCGACAACCCGCUGAGAAAAACGGCGACGCUGCAUCGAUUAAUUGUGAACGAAUCGAGUGAAGGACGGUUUGGCGAUCCAUUGGAUUUUCCGUGUCCAAGCAGCAGUCAGGUCGCAGGCGUCAUGAAACUAAUGAAGGCCAAGCUGUUUGGUCACGUUGACACGGAUGAAGCAGUGUUGAAAGAGCUGAAGACAAGGAUGGUCCCUGGCGUGAUUGGCGAACCAAGUGCAAAGCAAGCCUUUGCAUUCGGGCUAGCGUAUGUUAAUGAUGAACCGGUCGUUGGAGACGGCUCAGACCUUGACCCAUUACGCAUAGACCUCGGUGGAACUUUCCACGUGCUGUGUGUGGCUGUGACGUCACGCCGCACAGCGGACGACGUUUCGUGGUUACUACGGGGUCUCCAGCAAGUCUUUCACGACCGUCUUGCUCACAAUUUUUCGCCGACAUUCAUCAUGGGCGACGCCGACGACGCUUAG